CAAAGGAUAUAGGGUCACAAAUGUUAGCCUUUGUACUUAUUGUCAUGUUUCCUAUAGUUGUUUUGUGACAAAUUUUGCUUCCCUCUUUAGAAGCUGGUAAGAGACUUACAGGAACAUCACCAUGGUAAGAAUGUGUGCAUUUUACAAUAAAUUAAUCUGUAAAAAGUAUAAUGUUCAGAACCUGACAUUCUCUUUGCCUCUGUGUACUCCGAUUUCAGCUUCUUUAUUUCUUCUAUAAUCGCAAGCUGAACAAUUAUCUCCCACACAGCAUGAGUUAUGGACAAACAUCCUUAGGAAGGGAGAUGAUUCAGUGGAUAAAGUGCUUGCCAUGAGUCUGUGAGAAAGGAAGUUUGGAUUCUCAGAAUCCACAUGAGGUCUUGAGGAUCUCAUGUGCAUCUGAAUCCUGGGGCACUUAUGGUGAGGCAGGAGGUGGUGAGAGAGAAUCCCCUGAAGUUUACUGGAUAGUUUGCCUGGGUUUCUUAUUCAUGAAGAAGGGAUUGAGCCACAUAACCAAGGUUGGAAGAAUGUUGCAUGCUGUUAUUCUCAAGGCUCCCUGACAAGCCCUCCUUUGUUGUUCCUAGGUGUGUGAAUGUGGAUAAUGUCAGCUCUACCUCCUCUGUGAAGGUAAAAUGCUUCUUUGUGAAAUUAAUUUUCUUAUGAAUUUUGUUAUAAUUCAGCAAUAGUGUAACUAUCCCAGUUUUAUAUGGAAAGAUUGUUCAAGGGAGUCCACAUUGUAGAUGUGGAGAUUUCUACAAACUGCAAGUGAGCAGUAAGUCCUUGUGGGUAGUGGUGGCCAAUAAGAGAAUGGACUCAAAAGACAUAGUGAGUGGAAGACUGAGCGCAGUCCUCGUACAAUAGAAGAUGUCUGAUGUUUGACAAGUAUUGUUUGCAGAAAUGAGUACAUGUUCGACUGAUUUUAAAAUGUGACUGUUACUAGACCAUAAUAUUUCUUUUUAAAAAAAUUUUUAUUAGAUAUAUUUCUUUACUUACUUUUCCAAUGUUUUUCCCCUUCCUGGAUUCCGGUCCAUGAGCCCCCAUCCCUUUUCCCUCACCCUCUCCCAUAUCGGUUUUCCUGGGCCGGAGAGAUGGCUCAGUGGUUAAGAGCACUGACUGAAAGAACCAAAAAAAAACCAAAAAAAAAAACAAAACAAAAAAAAAAAGAGCACUGAUUGCUCUUCCAGAGGUCUUGAUGAAUCCAAUUCCCUGCAACCACAUGUUGACUGACGACUAUCUAUAAUGAGAUAUGAUGAUCUCUCCUGGUGUGUCUGAUGAUAGCUACUGUAUACUUAUAUAUAAUAAGUACUUCUUAGUAAGUCCAGACAUUUCUAUAAUCCAUGAAUCUCCUAAGUGACUUUACCCUCAGGAAAAUGCAUGCAAUUUUUAUCUACCUUUGGACACUGCUAUUUUAGGAUCCUGUAUGAGAGCAUCUCCUUGGUUUCUCUAUUUCAUGUGUAUUUACACUAAGGAGAAAUUGUGGCUAUGUAGCAGUUUGUAAUAUGUUCAUCAAGUUUGUCUUCUGAGAAUAGAGCAUUUUCUAUUUGAUUCUAUGAGGGUAUGUUGAAAGCUCUUCAUCUAGAAAAACAACAAGUGUUUUUCCCAAUUAUCCAGCAUUUUUAGAUGCAGGGAGUCAAUUACUGUAUAUUUCCAUUUAAGUUCUUCUUUAUGGAUUUUAAAAUAAUAUAAACUUAUAUUCUUUGUGCCACAUUCAAACAGUUAAAAUAUUGUAGUGCUUUACUUAGAUAUUUUGAUAUCCAGUCUGAGGCUGCUUUAUCACUGUGAGCUGCUCAAGGUUAAGAAACCUGUUGCUAUAUAACCUAUAGCCCUAUAGUGAGGGGCUGUGUGAAUGAAGAGUGGCAAUUUAAUGAUUUUUGAAUGUGACUCAGUGGACCAAUGUGUUUCUAUAAAGCAGUUUCACCGGUUCUAUGGUAUGGACAGUGCUAGCAAUUAAAUUGCCAUUUAUUUGUAAAUGAAAACUGUGCAUUUUGUGAUUCCCCACAAUGGAAGAGUAAGACUGUUAGAAGGGGCCUCAUUAAUAUUAAUAAUCAUCUUAAACUAGAAGCAGAAUAAUUGACUGAUAAUGAAUUAAGCUUAGUCUCAACAAGAACAAGGUCAAGUUUGUCAGUUAAUGAUUUUCUCUUAAUCUAGGCUAGCAUAAAUAUUUUAACUUCUUGAUGGUAUCCUAUUAAGUUGUAAAUAGGCAUAUAAGAAGAUAUUUUAUAUUUAAUAAUUUUGAUUUUCAUGUGUCAAUAUCCUGUAAUUCCUAAAGAACAUUGUUGAUUUGAAAGCAUGCAUCCUAAAAGAAUAGAGUUAAUUUCAAGACCAAAUAAAAAGUAAACUCUCUUCUCUGCAUUGCAGGGAGAAUCGGGAAGAAAAUUCCAUAUAAUACCUAAGAAGAUCCAAAACAUUUUUAGAAAAUCUGGAGUUUAUGUGUGUUCUCGAGGAGAGCCAGUACCUGAUGUAUGGAAAGCAAAAAAAUCCAUAAUGGAUGAAAAAUAUAAAACAGAUAAUUUCUAUGCUGUGUCUUCUGAGCAUAGAAAUUCUAUUCCUAAGGCUACUGCUGAUCGUGAAGCUUCCACCUCUACUGCUGACAGCCUGGAUGCUGCCGAGCCUGACCCAACAAAUUCUACAAAUGCUACUGACUGUCUGGCUGCUCUUGAGCGUGAGCUGACUAAUUCCAACAACACUGCUGACUGUCUGGCUGACCUUGAGCCUGAUCCGACGAUUUCUACCAAUGCCGCUGACUUUCAGGCUGCUGUUGCACCAGAGCCAACUAUGUCCACCCACCCUGCUAACUGUCUGCCUGAUGUGGAACCAGAGCCAACUAUGUCCACCCACCCUGCUGACACUCUGGCUGCUCUUGAGCCUGAGCUGACUACUUUCAACAACACUGCUGACUGUCUGGCUGACCUUGAGCCUGAGCCAAACAUGUCCACCCACCCUGCUGACAGUCUGCCUGAUGUGGAACCAGAGCCAACUAUGUCCAAUCACCCUGCUGACACUCUGGCUGCUCUUGAGCCUGAACUGACUAAUUCCAACAACACUGCUGACUGUCUGGCUGACCUUGAGCCUGAUCCGACGAUUUCUACCAAUGCCGCUGACUUUCAGGCUGCUGUUGCACGAGAGCCUGCUAUGUCCACCAACCCUGCUGACAGUAUGGCAGCUGUUGAGCCUGAGCCGACUAUGUCCACCCACCCUGCUGACAUUCUGACUGCUGAUGAGCCUGAACAUAAUAAUUCUACCAAAGCUGCUGACUGUCGGGCUGACCUUGAGCCUGAGCCAAACAUGUCCACCCACCCUGCUGACAGUCUGCCUGAUGUGGAACCAGAGCCAACUAUGUCCACCCACCCUGCUGACACUCUGGCUGCUCUUGAGCCUGAGCUGACCAAUUUCAACAACACUGCUGACUGGCUGGCUGACCUUGAGCCUGAUCCGACUAUUUCUACCAAUGCCGCUGACUUUCAGGCUGCUUUUGCACCAGAGCCCGCUAUGUCCACCCACCCUGCUGACACUCUGGCUGCUCUUGAGCCUGAGCUGACUAAUUUCAACAACACUGCUGACUGUCUGGCUGACUUUGAGCCUGAUCCGACUAUUUCUACCAAUGCCGCUGACUGUCGGGCUGCUGUUGCACCAGAGCCCGCUAUGUCCACCAACCCUGCUGACAGUAUGGCAGCUGUUGAGCCUGAGCCGACUAUGUCCACCCACCCUGCUGACAUUCUGACUGCUGACGAGCCUGCACAUAAUACUUCUACCAAAGCUGCUGACUGUCGGGCUGACCUUGAGCCUGAGCCAAACAUGUCCACCCACCCUGCUGACAGUCUGCCUGAUGUGGAUCCAGAGCCAACUAUGUCCACCCACCCUGCUGACACUCUGGCUGCUCUUGAGCCUGAGCUGACCAAUUUCAACAACACUGCUGACUGGCUGGCUGACCUUGAGCCUGAUCCGAGUAUUUCUACCAAUGCCGCUGACUUUCAGGCUGCUGUUGUACCAGAGCCAACUAUGUCCACCUACCCUGCUGACUGUCUGCCAGAUGUGGAACCAGAGCCAACUAUGUCUACCCACCCUGCUGACACUCUGGCUGCUCUUGAGCCUGAGCUGACUAAUUUCAACAACACUGCUGACUGUCUGGCUGACCUUGAGCCUGAUCCAACGAUUUCUACCAAUGCCGCUGACUGUCGGGCUGCUGUUGCACCAGAGCCCGCUAUGUCCACCAACCCUGCUGACAGUAUGGCAGCUGUUGAGCCUGAGCCGACUAUGUCCACCCACCCUGCUGACAUUCUGACUGCUGAUGAGCCUGAACAUAAUAAUUCUACCAAAGCUGCUGACUGUCGGGCUGACCUUGAGCCUGAGCCAAACAGGUCCACCCACCCUGCUGACAGUCUGCCUGAUGUGGAACCAGAGCCAACUAUGUCCACCCACCCUGCUGACACUCUGGCUGCUCUUGAGCCUGAGCUGACCAAUUUCAACAACACUGCUGACUGGCUGGCUGACCUUGAGCCUGAUCCGACUAUUUCUACCAAUGCCGCUGACUUUCAGGCUGCUGUUGCACCAGAGCCCGCUAUGUCCACCCACCCUGCUGACACUCUGGCUGCUCUUGAGCCUGAGCUGACUAAUUUCAACAACACUGCUGACUGUCUGGCUGACUUUGAGCCUGAUCCGACUAUUUCUACCAAUGCCGCUGACUGUCGGGCUGCUGUUGCACCAGAGCCCGCUAUGUCCACCAACCCUGCUGACAGUAUGGCAGCUGUUGAGCCUGAGCCGACUAUGUCCACCCACCCUGCUGACAUUCUGACUGCUGACGAGCUUGCACAUAAUACUUCUACCAAAGCUGCUGACUGUCGGGCUGACCUUGAGCCUGAGCCAAACAUGUCCACCCACCCUGCUGACAGUCUGCCUGAUGUGGAACCAGAGCCAACUAUGUCCACCCACCCUGCUGACACUCUGGCUGCUCUUGAGCCUGAGCUGACCAAUUUCAACAACACUGCUGACUGGCUGGCUGACCUUGAGCCUGAUCCGAGUAUUUCUACCAAUGCCGCUGACUUUCAGGCUGCUGUUGUACCAGAGCCAACUAUGUCCACCUACCCUGCUGACUGUCUGCCAGAUGUGGAACCAGAGCCAACUAUGUCCACCCACCCUGCUGACACUCUGGCUGCUCUUGAGCCUGAGCUGACUAAUUUCAACAACACUGCUGACUGUCUGGCUGACCUUGAGCCUGAUCCGACUAUUUCUACCAAUGCCGCUGACUGUCGGGCUGCUGUUGCACCAGAGCCCGCUAUGUCCACCAACCCUGCUGACAGUAUGGCAGCUGUUGAGCCUGAGCCGACUAUGUCCACCCACCCUGCUGACAUUCUGACUGCUGACGAGCCUGCACAUAAUACUUCUACCAAAGCUGCUGACUGUCUGGCUGACCUUGAGCCUGAGCCAAACAUGUCCACCCACCCUGCUGACAGUCUGCCUGAUGUGGAACCAGAGCCAACUAUGUCCAAUCACCCUGCUUACACACUGGCUGCUCUUGAGCCUGAGUCGACUAAAUCCUCCAAUGCUGCUGACUGUCUGGCCUAUGUUGAGCCAGAGCCAGCUAUGUCCACCCACCAUGCCGACAGUCUGGCUGCUCUUGAGCAUGAGCUGUCUCAUGCCAACAAAGAUGCUGACUGUCUGGCUUCUCUCAAGGCUGAGCUGAUUAAUUCCACCAAUGCUACUGAUUGUCUGGCUUCUGUUGGGACUGAGACAACCAUGUCCACCCAGCCUACUGACAAUUUGGCAGCUGUUGAGCCUGAACAUAAUAAUUCCACCAAUACUGCUGACGGUAAGGACUCUGUUGAACAAGAGCCAGCUAAGCCCACCUACCGUGCCGACAGUCUGGCUGCUCUUGAGCAUGAGCUGACUAAUUCCAACAACACUGCUGACUGUCUGGCUUCUCAGAAGGCUGAGUCAAUUGAUUCUACCAAUGCUACUGAUUGUUUGGCUUCUGUUGGGACUGAGACAACUAUGUCCACCCACCCUGCUGACAAUAUGGCUACUGAUGAGCUUGAGCCUACACAUUCCACCAAUGCUGCUUACUUUCUGGCCGCUCCUGAGCCCCAGUCGACUAAUUCCUCCAAUGUUGCUGAUAUUCUGGCUUCUGUUGGGUCUGAGACAACCAUGUCUACCCACCUUGCUGAUAUUCCUAUUGCUCAUGAGCCUGACUAUAAUGAUUCUACCAAUGCUGCUGACAGUCUGGACUCCGUUGAGCCAGAGCCAGCUAUGUCCACCCACCGUGCCGACAGUCUGGCUGCUCUUGAGCAUGAGCUGUCUCAUGCCAACAAAGCUGCUGACUGUCUGGCUUCUCUCAAGGCUGAGCCAACCAUGUCCACCCAGCCUGCUGACAGUUCAGCAGCUGUUGAGCCUGAACCUACAAUUUCCAUCAGAGCUGCUGAUUGUCUGGCUAAUGUUCUGCCUGAGCUAACUAUGUCAACCCACCCUGCUGGCUGUCUGGACUCUGUUCAGCUUGAGUCAUCUAUGUCCACACACCCAGCUGAUAAUAUGGCUACUGAUGAGCUUGAGACUACAAAUUCGACGAACGCUGCUUACUGUCUGGCUGCUCUUGAGCCUGAGUCGACUAAAUCCUCCAAUGCUGCUGACUGUCUGGCCUAUGUUGAGCCAGAGCCAGGUAUGUCCACCCACCGUGCCGACAGUCUGGCUGCUCUUGAGCAUGAGCUGUCUCAUGCCAACAAAGCUGCUGACUGUCUGGCUUCUCUCAAGUCUGAGCCAACCAUGUCCACCCAGCCUGCUGACAGUUCGGCAGCUGUUGAGCCUGAGCCUACAAUUUCCAUCAGAGCUGCUGAUUGUCUGGCUAAUGUUCUGCCUGAGCUAACUAUGUCAACCCACCCUGCUGGCUGUCUGGACUCUGUUCAGCUUGAGUCAUCUAUGUCCACACACCCAGCUGAUAAUAUGGUUACUGAUGAGCUUGAGACUACAAAUUCGACGAACGCUGCUUACUGUCUGGCUGCUCUUGAGCCUGAGUCGACUAAAUCCUCCAAUGCUGCUGACUGUCUGGCCUAUGUUGAGCCAGAGCCAGGUAUGUCCACCCACCAUGCCGACAGUCUGGCUGCUCUUGAGCAUGAGCUGUCUCAUGCCAACAAAGAUGCUGACUGUCUGCCUUCUCUCAAGACUGACCUGAUUAAUUCCAUCAAUGCUACUGAUUGUCUGUCUUCUGUUGGGCCUGAGACAACCAUGUCCACCCAGCCUGCUGACAGUGUGGCAGCUGUUGAGCCUGAACAUAAUAGUUCCACCAAUGCUGCUGACGGUCUGGACUCUGUUGAACAAGAGCCAGCUAAGCCCACCCACCGUUCCGACAGUCUGGCUGCUCUUGAGCAUGAGCUGACUAAUUCCAACAACACUGCUGACUGUCUGGCUUCUCAGAAGGCUGAGUCAAUUGAUUCUACCAAUGCUACUGAUUGUUUGGCUUCUGUUGGGACUGAGACAACUAUGUCCACCCACCCUGCUGACAAUAUGGCUACUGAUGAGCUUGAGCCUACACAUUCCACCAAUGCUGCUUACUGUCUGGCUGCUCUUGAGCCUGAGUCGACUAAAUCCUCCAGUGCUGCUGACUGCCUGGCCUAUGUUGAGCCAGAGCCAGCUAUGUCCACCCACCGUGCCGACAGUCUGGCUGCUCUUGAGCAUGAGCUGUCUCAUGCCAACAAAGAUGCUGGCUGUCUGGCUUCUCUCAAGGCUGAGCUGAUUAAUUCCACCAAUGCUACUGAUUGUCUGGCUUCUGUUGGGACUGAGACAACCAUGUCCACCCAGCCUGCUGACAGUUUGGCAGCUGUUGAGCUUGAACAUAAUAAUUCUACCAAUGCUGCUGACGGUCUGCACUCUAUUGAACAAGAGCCAGCUAUGCCCACCCACCGUUCCGACAGUCUGGCUGCUCUUGAGCAUGAGCUGUCUCAUGCCAAUAAAGCUGCUGACUGUCUGGCUUCUCUCAAGGCUGAGCCAACCAUGUCCACCCAGCCUGCUGACACUUUGGCAUCUGUUGAGCCUGAGCCUACUUUUUCCACCAAAGCUGCUGAUUGUCUGGCUACUGUUCAGCCUGAGCUAACUAGGUCAAACCACCCUGCUGACUGUCUGGAUUCUGUUCAGCCUGAGUCAUAUAUGUCCCCACACCCUGCUGACAGUUUGGUAGCUAUUGAGCCUGAACUGACUAAUUCCACCAAAGCUGCUGACUUUCUGGGUGCUGUUGAUCCCGAGUCAACCAAAUCCAUCCACCCUGCUGACAGUAUGGCAGUUGAUGAGCCUGAGCUGCCUAAUUCCAACAUUGCUGCUGACUGUCUGGACGACCUUGAGCCUGAUACGACUAUUUCUACCAAUGCCGCUGACUGUCAGGCUGCUGUUGGGUCUGAGACAACCCUGUCCACCCAGCCUGCUGACAGUUUGGCAGCUGUUGAGCCUGAGCCGACUAAUUCCACCAAAGCUGCUGACUGUCUGGACUCUGCUGAGCCAGAGCCAACUAUGGCCACCCACCAUGCUGACAUUCUGACUGCUGUUGAGCCUGAACAUACUAAUUGCUCCAGUACUGCUGACUGUCUGCCUGCUGUUCAGCCUGAGUCCAGUAUGUCCACCCACCCUGCUGACAGUAUGGCUGCUAUUGAUGCUGAGCCUACAGAUCCUGCCAUUGUUGCUGACUGUCUGGCUGCUCUUGAACCUCGGCUGUCUGUUACAUGUGCUGCUGACAGUAGUGUGUUAGUUGAGAGUCAUGACUCAGGACCAGCUAGUCACAUUGGAUUGGAUUAUGUAGUUGAUUUACCUCUUUACAAGGAGAGUACAAGGUACAAACCCCAUGCUGACCCAGAGCCCACUCCUGGUUCCUGCACUUGUUAUUCCCUUGACUCCAUUCAAAUGACUAACCUGACUCUUUUGAUAUCCCUUAGUGAAGAAGAAAUAUUUGAUUCUGCUACUUCAGAUGAGGAAUCUUCUUUUACUCCUGACGUAGAAGAAGGUCUGCCUGCUACUCAGGGUGCUGAGGAUAUUUUUCAUGCUUCCGCACGAGCUGAACCAAUAAACCACAGCUUGAACCUUCUCAGGGAGAGUGGAUAUCUUCGGGCAACAGAGAUACCACGCAUACCUUUUUUGCUCUUCAUAUGGCUUAUAUCCUCACUCUUAUCCAUCAUAACAUGGAUGAAAAUCCAAAUUCAACAAGCAUGGCAUGAAGAAAAUGGCCAAGGAGCUCCCACUAAGAAGAGAGUCGGACCAGUGGCUGCGGCUCCUGAUCCCUAG